CUCAAGGCCUCCAACGGUGGAGGCGGAAUAAACUCCGGCCACUUUUUGUAGCCGCCCGGAAUUUGAUACUCCCCCGGUCCUCCACUAUAUAGGCGCGCCUCCUUCCACCUCCCCCCUUCGCCACUUUCCUGCCUUCCUCCAUUGCUCGCCGUCCCUAAGCCAGCUCAGGUAGCAGCAACUAGAGCCGACAUGAUGGCGGAGGCGUGGGCGGACGUGCUGCCGCCGCCGGCGCCCUACUUCGCCGGGCAGCCGUGCUGGGCCGUGCAGCCGGAGCGUCGCGGAGGGGGCGCGUGGACGCUGGAGGAGAACAAGGUGUUCGAGGAGGCGCUCGCGGCGAUCGACCUGGACGCGCCGGACCGGUGGGAGAUGGUCGCGCUGAUGCUGCCCCGGAAGACGGUCGCCGACGUGGUGAACCACUACCGGGCCCUCGAGAACGACGUCGGGUUCAUCGAGGCCGGGCUGGUCCCGUUCCCUCACUACGACAGCUCGUCCCCUUCGUCCGGGUUCACCCUGGACUGGGACGGCGGCGCCGCCGGCGCCGGCGGGUUCCGGCGCGGCUACUGCCUCAAGCGCGGGCGCGCCGACCAGGAGCGGAAGAAGGGCGUCCCAUGGACGGAGGAGGAGCACCGGCUGUUCUUGAAGGGGCUGAAGAAGUACGGGCGAGGGGACUGGAGGAACAUCUCCCGCAACUACGUGACGAGCCGCACGCCGACGCAGGUGGCCAGCCACGCGCAGAAGUACUUCAUCCGGCUCACCUCCGGCGGCAAGGACAACAAGCGCCGCUCCAGCAUCCACGACAUCACCACCGUCAACGUGCCCGACGACGACGACCGCGGCAGCCCCUCGGGGUCCCCGCCGUCCGCGCUCACCACCGUCGACGCGAAGCCCUCGCCGCCGUACGGCGGGCAACGGCACGCCUUCGUGCCGUCGACGCUGCAGCCGGGGUCGCUCGGCGGCGGCCACCCCUACGGCAGCGUGAAGCUCGAGCACCAGAGCUCGUUCAUGGACGGCAUGGUCGUGGACCUCGACGAGUCGCUCCUCCUGCAGAUGCAAUGCGGCCAGCUGUGACGGAGCUUUCUCGCCGCGGCGAAGCCCGCACGGAGGACAAAACAGCGGCGGGCACCUAUCACCAUCAUCGCAUCCACGGGCGUGCUUGCCUCGAGAGCAGUUUGGUUGCAGAGUCGCUGUGCUCGUGUCUCUCUCGACCGACACCCAGAUGAUGGAACGCAAGCCAAAACAUCUGAGAGCGACGCGGCGGUGCUGAGCGUACGUGCAGGUCUGCGUCCAUGGAGGAACCUCAAGAGCCCAUCGACGUGCCGUCCCGUGUACAUAAUUCCGCCACACCCAAGAACCUCCACUGUACCGAAAAAUAUAUCCUGAAAUAAGGCUUCGAUGAAGCUUGUGCUCCGGUCAGGAGCUAGCCAGCGCCGGCCUGAAAAUUGGUUCGAACUUCGAAGUUCGAGCGUUUUCUCUGUCUAUUGUACUAGUCCAAAUGAGAUCCGUCGCCAUUGUUGCUCCCUC